GACAAAGCAGGGACCAUGUCUACCUUUGGCUACCGAAGAGGACUUAGCAAAUAUGAGUCCAUUGAUGAGGAUGAACUCCUCGCCUCUCUGACACCUGAGGAGCUGAAAGAGCUAGAGAGGGAGCUGGAAGACAUUGAGCCUGAUCACAGCCUUCCUGUGGGGCUAAGGCAAAAAAGUCUGACCGAGAAAACUCCCACGGGGACGUUCAGCAGAGAGGCGCUGAUGGCCUAUUGGGAAAAGGAGUCCCGGAAACUCUUGGAGAAGGAGAGGCUGGGGGAGUGUGGAAAGGUUGCAGAAGACAAAGAGGAGAGUGAAGAAGAGCUUAUCUUUACUGGAAGUAACAGUGAGGUUUCUGAGGAUGUGUAUACAGAAGAGGAAGAGGAGGAGGAGUCCCAGGAGGAAGAGGAGGAAGAAGAUAGCGAUGAAGAGGAAAGAACCAUUGAAAAAGGAAAAGGCAUUAAUGGAACUAUAAAUUAUGAUAGUGCCAAUUCAGACACCUCUAAGCCAAAGAUAUUUAAAAGUCAAAUAGAAAACAUAAACUUGACCAAUGGCCACAGUGGAAGGAACACAGAGUCCCCUGCUGCCAUUCACCCUUGUGGAAAUCCUACGGUUAUUGAGGAUGCUUUGGAAAAUAUUAAAAACAAUGACCCUGACACCGUAGAAGUCAAUUUGAACAAUAUAGAGAACAUCACAUCGCAGACUCUCACCCGCUUUGCUGAAGCCCUCAAGGACAACACGGUGGUGAAGACCUUCAGCCUGGCCAACACACGUGCUGAUGACAGUGCGGCUUUGGCCAUUGCGGAAAUGCUCCAGGUCAACGAGCACGUCACCAGCGUCAACAUCGAGUCCAACUUUAUCACGGGGAAGGGCAUCCUGGCCAUCAUGAGAGCCCUGCAGCACAACACUAUGCUCUCGGAGCUGCGGUUCCACAACCAGAGGCACAUCAUGGGCAGCCAGGUGGAGAUGGAGAUCGUCAAGCUGCUGAAGGAGAACACCACGCUGCUGCGGCUGGGCUACCAUUUUGAGCUCCCAGGACCAAGAAUGAGCAUGACGAGCAUUUUGACCAGGAAUAUGGAUAAACAGAGGCAAAAGCGGAUGCAGGAGCAGAAACAGCAAGAGGGAUAUGAUGCAGGAGCCAACCUUAGGACCAAAGUCUGGCAAAGAGGAACUCCUGGCUCUUCACCUCACGCAUCUCCCAGGCACUCUCCCUGGUCAUCCCCAAAACUUCCCAAGAAAGUCCAAACUGUGAGGAGCCGGCCUCCAUCUCCGGCGGCCACGCCC